AUGCCCGUGGUGGCAGGAGCUGCCGGUCCUGGCCCCCACAACCCUGGACCUUGCAAGGUCAUCAUCCAGGUCAGCCCUGAAGCAGGGCUUGUGGAGUCAUCCCAGAACCAGCCUGUCAUCCUGACACAGGCUCCACUCAACUGGGGGACCGCAGAAGCUCCUACUGCGGUGGCCGGGCAUCCUGCACCACUCUACUUGGUGUCCUCUGGGCCGGAGACAAUUAUGCCCACCCCAGCUACUACUGUCACCCAGGCUGGGACAGAAGACCAUCGUCCACAGGCUCCACUGCCAGUGGCCCAGGUGGCCCCCAUCACCCUCCCAUCCAGCAGUGGGACACUGACCCAGUGGGUUUGUGGGGACAGUGGUCCGGCGGCCACCCGGAGCCAGUCACCGCCUAAAAGCUCCAGAAACCCCAACAGCGUCUACGAGAACUUCCGGCGCUGGCAGCGCUUCAAGGCCCUGGCCCGGAGGUACCUUCCUCAGACUCCGGACACUGAGGCCCUUUCCUGCUUCUUCAUCCCGGUGCUGCGCACACUGGCCCGCCUGAAGCCUACCAUGAGCCUGGAGGAAGGCCUGCACCGGGCCCUGCAGGAAUGGCAGGGCAAGAGCAACUAUGACCGCAUGAUCUACUACGACAUGGCGGCCAAGUUCAUGGAGUUCGAGGCCGAGGAGGAGAUGGAGGUGCAGAAACUGCAGUGGACGAACGGGGUGCAGGGCCUGCCACUCCCCGCCCCACCCAGGCCUGGGCCUAAGGCCAGACCCCAGGCCCGGGCAGCCCGCCCCAAGACACACAAACCUCAGCAGCCCCCCAAGACCAAGGCCCCUGAGGAGAUCCCUCCUGAGGCCGUGCAGGAGUACAUGGACAUCAUGGACGAGCUGCUAAAGGCCCCCGACUCAGUCUGCAGGGCGCCCCUCGGCCAACGGACAGUGGACAGGGAGGAGCAGCAGGAGGAGGCUGGGACCUGCCCUGACCCGGGGCUACUGAGCUAUGUGUACGAGCUGUGCUCCCAGGAGGCCUUUGUCACCAAGGCUGAGGCGAUCCUUCAUCCCAGCUUCCUGGAGUACCUGGACUCCCCAGAGUCCCAGCUGGAUUUCCCGGCCCUGGCUGAGGAGCUGGAGGAGGAGGAAGGACUCACCCCCGCACAGCUUGUGGAAAAGCGUCUGCAGACCCCGCAGGACAAGGAGGUCAUGAAGGCUCGUCCCCAACACCAGGUGUCCCUAAAGGACUCGAGUCCAGCUGAGAGUGCAGCAGGCUACUGCACCCCAACACCUACCUGGGGCCACAGGCUUGGGUUUGGGAUCACAACAGAUGGACAGAACCACAGAGAUGGUGGCAAGUGUGAGGCUCCAGUAAGAAUGCUGAGGACUGGGGCAAAGAGCAGGGACAGAAUGUUCUUCGGUCACUGCAGGUCCUGCCACAGGGCCUUAAGCACUAAAAGCAACAGGAGCCAGUGCUGUAGAGGUCUGAGGGUUAAUAUCGAUGAGCUGGAAACUGGCUAG